AUGUAUGAGCUUCACGAACACCAGGUGACUGGAGCGGGGUAUGCCCUGAUCGUGAUUUCUACGUUCGCCGUCCUUGCCCGCUUUUACAUGCAGUGGGUUCGACGAGACCAGUUUCGACGAGAAGAUCUCAUUGUGCUCUUUGCCUUUGCCGUGCUACUAUGUUUGGGGGCUAUCUACAUCUAUGUAACACCUAUAGUCUACCGUGUGGCAGAUGUUGGCGAUGACACAUUCCGCGAGUAUUCCGGGUUUUUGCAAGAUGCCGUGACGCAGCUGAAAGUCACGUUUGCUUCUGCGAUAUUGUUCCCUACGGUUUUGUGGACUGUCAAGUUAUCUUUGAUGUCGAUCUCGCACCGGGUGAUUCAGAGACAGUCGGCUGUGAUACGGUGUUGGUGGGUGUUGUUUGUGUUUGUGGGUUUGACGUACAUUGGGACCUUAAUAGUCAACUUCCUCCGCUGCAGGUCAAUCAGUGAUUACUUCACUCCAGGGGAAUGUAGCACCGGCCGCGACGAAAGAGCGCAAUAUGCUAGCUUCUUAUUUGUCAUUGUCGCUGAUAUCCUCACUGAUCUCUUGAUCAUGGUCUUUCCGAUAAUAAUUCUUGUAAGAGUUCAACUUGAACUAUCCGUCUUUGUGAGGACCAGUGUGAUAUUUUCUGUCGGAUCACUCUGCAUUAUCACCUCGAUGUGCCGGGCUAUUAUGGUCGGCCUUUUGAUGAGAGAAAACAUACCCACGUUCCCAUGGCUUGCCUUUUGGGACUUGCUCGACUGCAGCAUAGCCGUCAUCGUUGCAUGCCUCCCCUCGUACGCAACACAUUAUAUAUGGAUCACCACCCGCCGCAACGCCCGCUGCUCAAACACGUAUGAACUCGGCAACUCAAUGCACGGAAACAAGUUUCGGACUAUCACGACUAUCAACAGUACACCUCCAAGCUCAUCGCAUGCCGAAAAGCUUCCACCGCACGUCGGUCAGGUUGUGAGGACUUAUAAUGUCAGUGUUGAGACAGAAGAUGUGUAA